UGCAAAGAUCCUCCGCCCAGCGCCCCCCAGGAGGAGAAGCCAAAGUUGUUGACCUUUUGGGGGGGAGGGCGAACUCAAAGUUGUUGAGCUUUUUUGGCGGGGGGAAUCGCUCACCUGUAACAAUGACGCAGCGGAAAAAACUGUGGAGUAACGGAAGAGGGGGGCUUUUCACUGCCACCGAUCAAGAGGAAUUGGCGAAAUCAGUGCCCCUUACACUCCCGGGUAAAGACAGUCCUGUCCCCCGGGUCAUGGGUUCGAGCCCCAAUUGGGCAAAAAAAUCCUGCAUUGCAGAGGGUUGGUCUAGAUGAUUCACAUGGACCCUUCCAACUCUACAAUUCUAUGAUUCUAUUCUUACUGGGCUUAGGAAGACAGACAGACAGAGAGAUGUCUUUUUCCUCCUUUCUUAAAGAAGCUUGCUCUCCAGUAUUUCUCAAGAGAUGAACCGUCAGUAUGUUGAAGACCGGAUUGUAGAAGUGGACCUUCUUCCGUUCACCUGGACCGUGGAAACACCUGGGCCUCAUUACGCUCUCUGUUUGAAGAUGUUGCGGCUUAAGCAGUUAGCGUUCAACUUUGAAUUUGGAUCUAUAGAUCCCAGGCAAUCAUUUCCAAAGACAGAAUUUCCUGAACGGAUUGUUAAGCUUGACGUCUCUUUAAAUGAACUCCAAGAGAUUCCACCCGAAGCUCUUUUCCCGUUUGAGAAUUUGGCCGAGCUGGACCUGUCGCUGAAUGCUUUAAGCACCAUGAGAGGGAUGGGCUCCCUCUCCAACCUUGUGGUCCUUAACCUUAGUUACAACGCGCUCGGAGAGGUGAUGGAGCUGGAAAACUGCCCCCGCCUGUCCGUCUUGCAUAUGUCCCACAACCGCUUGAGAAGCCUCAUGGAGAUCCCUCUCUUGUGUAACCUGACACGGCUAAAUUUGUCUUCGAAUCAGUUGGAGUCUCUGGAAGGGGUGCAAAACCUCCCCCAGCUCUGCGAGCUCCACGUGCAGAAGAACCACAUUGCCAGCCUUCUGCCUCUGGCUUCUUCGCUGUCUCUCAACGUCCUCUGUGCCUCUGGCAAUGAGAUUGGCGGGCUGCCCGAGGCUCUGCACGUGCUCAGAGGCCUCCGCAGGCUGAAGCAUCUCACGCUCAAGGACAACCCAGUGGCGCGAGACAACCGCUACACCACUGCCAUCAAGGAGUCCACCUCCGUGGAGAUACUGGACGGGAUGUUUCUCCACGGUCCGCCAAGUCUUUCUGCUCUCCCUCUGCACAUGUGGCCCCUCCUCCGGGAACCGGCAUCCACUUCAACCGACGUAGCCCAAGCCAAAGCAGACCUGAAACAGGCGGCCAGGAGAGCCUUCGACGCAAGGCUGCGGCGGAAGAGAGACGACAUCGGCAGCGCUGUGCAUCACUUUCAUUCCAGGAUAUUGGAACUGCAGGAAGAGUUGACAGGCUACGAAGAAAGACUCAGACUGGAAUUGGAUGGGUGCGAAAGAUUCAUCCAAGCUCUUCCAUCGGAGGACUUCCAAAAGUUGGACAAUCCUCAGGAGAUUGCUGAAGCCAUGGACAAAUACCUGUUCACCAAAUUCUGGGGAAAGUGGCAGAGGGGUCAAAGGAAGCCUGCGUGUCUACCCUACAAGGAGCUGAGCAAGCCAGAGGAUGUAAGGCCUGGUGGUGAACGCCGCUGCUCAUCUCUUCUCGAAUCUGCCGUGCUGUGUCUCCCCCACCACCUGAAGCCGUUUCCUCUGCGGAUCUGGCCUUCUUCCAUCAAUUGUUGGCUCUGGAAUCCUGUAGGGUGUGCAGCUGCCUUAACAAUCUUUCUCUAAUUAAUAAUAAUAAUAAUAAUAAUAAUAAUAAUAAUAAUAUAUUUAUACCCCGCCUUUCCCAGCCAAGACCAGGCUCAGGGCGGCUAACACCGGAUAUAAAAACAAUCGAUUAAAAUACAGCUUAAAAACAAGAUUAAACACAACAUUAAAAUGCAGCCUCAUUUCAAUAGAAACUCUAAUCAAAAACUGUUUGGGGAGGAAAAUGUCAAAUCUUCACCAGGCCAACUAUCCAGACUGGUCCUACGUGGGCCAGAAAAAGGCCAGGGAAGUCCCCAAAUAUGAGUUCCAUCACAGAAAAUGGAAAAGGGGGGAGGGGGUCAAGUUGAUUCCAGGCCAAAGGCCGGGUGGAUCAACUCUGUCUUGCAGGCCCUGCGGAAAGAAAUCAGAUCCCGCAGGGCCCUGGUCUCAUGAGACAGAGCGUUCCACCAGGUUGGGGCCAGUGUUGAGAAGGCCCUGGUUCUAGUAGAGGCUAAUCUGAUUUCCUUCAGGCCCGGGACCUCUAAGGUAUUACUGUUUAUGGACCUUAAGGU